GCAUCUCAUGCCCAGACACACAGAGAAAGUAACUUCUUCAUUAUCCCAAGCUAAAGAAAAAGGAGAGGAAUGAAAGGCAAAAUGAUCCAAAAACAGUGCCUGUAAUGCCCAUAACUUCACAGCCUGUAAUGAGGCCUUGAAAAUCUGUGAGAAAGCCGACAAUUAGAAGAUAAUUCCAAGCAAUCCCAUGUGGGAUUCUUCCUUUUUCGCUUAUCAUCAUCAGCGCAGCUCGCUUUCUAUCCGGUUGGAUGUUCAGAAGCCUUGGUCCUGAGCCACUUCCCUCGGUAUAUUCCUUUGUUCACCUCUUCUGGGACUUGAGUCUCCAUCAUGUGGGAUUCGGAGAAUGAAUCAGUUGCAGGCAGAGACCGCCACAAUGGAGUGGUUGCUUCCAGCAAGCACGGAGUCAAGACUGAUGGGUUUGAGCAAAGAGGCCAAUCCUGGUAUGUUGCUACUGAUAUUCCAAGUGACUUUCUGGUUCAAGUUGGAGAUUCUAGUUUCCACUUACAUAAGUAUCCACUGCUUUCCCGGAGCGGCAAGAUGCACAGGCUCAUAUACGAAUCACGAGAGGCAGACCUGGAGAGAGUAGUUUUAGAUGAUCUACCUGGCGGAGCAGAGGCGUUCGAGCUAGCCGCCAAAUUCUGCUAUGGAAUUGCUGUUGAUCUCACGGCGACGAAUAUCUCUGGCCUAAGAUGCGCGGCAGAGUAUCUAGAAAUGACGGAAGACUUGGAAGAAGGCAAUCUGAUAUUCAAAACGGAAGCAUUCCUCAGUUACGUGGUUCUGUCAUCGUGGAGAGAUUCUAUUCUGGUAUUGAAGAGCUGUGAGAAGCUCUCCCCCUGGGCGGAGAAUCUCCAAAUCGUGCGAAGAUGCAGCGAGUCCAUUGCGUGGAAGGCCUGCGCCAAUCCGAAAGGGAUUCGAUGGGCAUAUACCGGAAAACCGCCCAAGGUUUCUAGCCCUAAAUGGAAUGAUAUGAAGGACUCGAGCCCUAGCCGGAGCAACCACCAAGCCCCUCCCGACUGGUGGUUCGAGGAUGUUUCGCUUCUUCGGAUUGAUCACUUUGUUCGAGUCAUCACUGCAAUUAAGGUGAAAGGCAUGAGAUUCGAAUUGAUCGGCGCUGCAAUAAUGCACUAUGCCGCCAAAUGGAUCCCCGGCUUGAUUAAAGAAGGGGCAGGAGCGGGAGAUGAAUUAGGCAGCAACAACAGCAACAGCAACAGCAGUCGCAGUAGUUGGAAAGGAGGGCUUCAUAUGAUUGUGGCCGGAACUAAAGAUGAAAUACCAACCGUUCAGGCGAAGGAUCAGCGGAUGAUCAUCGAGAGCCUGAUAAGCAUACUGCCGCCGCAGAAAGACAACGUCUCGUGCAGCUUCCUUCUGCGGCUGCUGAGAAUGGCGAACAUGUUGAAGGUGGCUCCUGCUUUGGUCACCGAACUGGAGAAGCGAGUGGGAAUGCAGUUUGAGCAAGCUACGCUACCUGAUCUUCUCAUUCCUUCUUACAGUAGAAGUGAGACGCUCUACGAUGUGGAUCUGGUUCAGAGGCUUUUGGAGCAUUUUCUUGUUCAGGAACAAACAGAGAGUUCAAGCCCUAGGAGGCAGUCUCUCUCAGACACGCACGUCUACGAGACUACACAAAGGGGGACUAACAAUUCGAAUGCCAACAAGAUGAGAGUGGCAAGGCUUGUAGACAGCUAUCUUACGGAAGUUUCUAGAGACAGAAAUCUGUCGCUGACAAAGUUCCAGGUCCUGGCAGAGGCCUUGCCGGAAUCAGCAAGAACCUGUGAUGAUGGGCUGUAUCGAGCAAUCGAUUCCUAUCUUAAGGCACAUCCAACGCUCUCAGAGCACGAGAGGAAGCGGCUCUGCCGGGUCAUGGAUUGCCAGAAGCUCUCCAUUGAUGCUUGCAUGCAUGCUGCACAAAACGAGCGGCUCCCGUUGAGAGUGGUGGUGCAAGUUCUCUUCUCUGAACAGGUGAAGAUUAGCAACGCUCUAGCCAACGGCACAACCCUGAAAGAAGCCGGCGAGCCGGCCCACUACCAGCCCCUGGUGACGAACCGGAAAACAUUGCUGGAAGGAACGCCACAGUCAUUUCAGGAAGGAUGGGCGGCAGCUAAGAAGGACAUCAACACGCUUAAGUUUGAGCUUGAUAGCGUCAAGGCCAAGUACCUAGAGCUGCAGAAUGAUAUGGAGAAUUUGCAAAGACAGUUUGAGAAGAUGGCAAAGCCGAAACAAGGAUCAGCAUGGAGCAGCGGGUGGAAGAAACUGAGCAAACUGACCAAGAUGACAACUUUAGAGUCGACGAAUGAUAUUGGGGGGCCUCACAAUCACGUACCAAAUCCAGAACAGAAUAGGAAGACGCCUAGACGGUGGAGGAACUCCAUCUCCUGAGUGAGAACUAAUAAGGCAUGCAUCGGUCGGUCAAUCGAUAGAGUAGAAGAAGAAGAAGAGGAAAGAGAUUUGCCGAAUUACACAAAUUAAGAGGUACUACCCCUACCCGCCGCAUUUCAAUCUUUGUUUAUUAAUUAGUUGCCUGCAAUACAAUAUUGCUUUUGUUUCAUCCUGAAACUUGUCCGGUUCUCAUGCAUUUUCUUGAUGCCGGCCAUCUAGAUUCGGAGUUUUUUUCUCAUCAUAUCUGUAAUUCUUUACGUUGUUCAUUGUUCAUUGUUCAAGUGUGCUAAGUUUGUCUGUCUAUGACUCUGAGAACCCAAAUUUGGACAAUAAUCAGCAUUGUAAUUGUAUGACUGAAUCCAUCAACGGCUACAGUUUGUGUCA